CUCGUGAGCAACCUGUGAACUACCACAACUCCAGCUUUCAGAAGUCGACGUCGUGUAGUCCGCAACGACAACACUUCAACGCGAAAAAUCACUUGGGACUAAACACAUAUCCCAUAGUGAGUGCCACUCCCAGUCGGGAUAGUAACCUAGAAAUCUCCGGGUCAUGGCUGCUCUACUGGACCCCGAUUUUCGUAAACUUGUUCGGCAUGCCGAACAUUAUCACAAUGAUGGUGAUAUAGUCAUUGCAGCAGGGCCACUGCCCAACUCAACGGCUUUCCGUGUCCACAUGCACAUCCUACGAGAGCAUUCAGGGGUAUUCAAAGACCACCUGGCUCAAAUUCCUCCAGAGGAGGGCCUUGUCAAAUUUGACAACUGUCCAGUAAUGGCAGUUGUUGAUCAUGCAGAUGACAUGGCAGUAUUGUUGUCUGCAUUGUACAAAGGGCCUGGGUUCUUUGAAGGAGCCAAACUCCCAAUUUUCACUGUCUUGGCACUGCUGGACCUUGCAGCCAAGUAUCAAGUGCCCACCAUCACCCAACUGGCAAUGCCCCAUCUGCAAUUCAGGUUCCCAACCACAUUCAAUGAGUGGUGGGGAGAUGACUCAGAGUUUGAGCCUGUAGAGGCAGCCCUUUCAGCUGUUGUCUUGGCCAGGAAAUUGGGCAUUCCCACCAUCCUCCCUGCGGCCCUCUACUAUGUCUGUCAACUUCCCAUCAAGACCAUCCUGCAUGGAUACCACAGAGAAGAUGGAAAGCUGGACAAGCUUUCAAAUGAAGACAUUGAGAAGGUCCUUGAAGGGAAGGAGAACCUGAUGAACUUAAAUGCCAAGACCAACAUGUGGGUGCUUGACAUCAAGGUACCCUCUACAUCUUGCAAAACUAGGAACAUAUGUCUCCCUGUCAUGAAGAGGGCAGCACACCUCUUUGUGGAGACCAGGCAAAUGUGUGCCUAUAAGCCAUUUCACUGGGUAGACUUGAAUGAGGGAGGGUAUGAAGAUAUCUGUAGGCCAUGCUGGAGGAUGCUGUGUAGGAAGAGAUGGGAUGGGAUUCAUGGACAUUGGUGUGAGCUACCAGCCCUCAUGGGUGUGGAAGCUGAAGUAGAGGGAUGGCCUCAGGAAUGAUGAUGGAAUGGUAGGAUUAUUGACCUACACUCUGACACUAUAUGGCCAAGCAUGCAUCAUACUUCCUAUAUGGCUCUUAGGUAGUCCUUCACUACAUGUAUAGCAUAACACUCACAACAUGUAACACAUAUGAUCGUAACGAGAUUCUUAUGCACAUCAGCACUAUGCAUCA